UUGGCUGUCUCGACUUGUGGUUUGUGCAGGAGCUGCCAGAUUUGGAUGGGCAAGGGGCUGUUACUGUGCUGUGGAAGCCUCUUGAACAACGUCAAGCAAGAGGAACGAUUAAGAGAUACUGGGUGAGCUAUUGGGAUGGAGAAGUGAUGAGGGAGGUGACCAUCAACAUCUGCUGCAACAUCACUCUGCCAGGGACCACCCAACUGGUGAACGUCACUGCAUUCAACUCUAUUGGAGCAACUCAGCCAGCCAAGCUCAACCUAAUACAAGACUGUCCAUCACCAUUCAAUAUGACUAUUCAUAGCAGGAACCACUCGGUACUGGUGUCUUGGGAGCCACCGGCCAACACAACACCCCAUGAAUUUGUGGUGGAAUGGAAAAUGAUGAAUUCAGAAUACAAACCUGACUGGAAAAAAAUACCGGCAGCCAAUUUGUGUGUGACUUUGACAGACGAUGUUCUGUAUCCCUUGUUUCCGUACAACAUCUCGGUGUAUGCACGAUAUCGGGGUGGAGUGGGGGGGCCAGUGUCCACUCUGGUAUACAGAGAAGAAGGAGUUCCUCUUGCUGGGCCCGAAAUCUCAAUUUUAAAUAUCUCCCAGACUGGGGUCACUCUGCUGUGGAACGUUCUCCCCCUGGACAGGCGCCAGGGGUUUGUUCGAUACUAUACUCUGUACUAUGUCAAGAAGCCAGGUGGAGAGGAUAAGCACAAGGCUCUGAAUAUAAGUUGUAUAGUAGACAGAUACACAUUGCUGGAUUUGGCGCCUGACUGCACAUACAAGAUCUGGAUGACAGCCUCCACCAUUGUGGGAGAGGGCAGCAGAGGGCCAUACCUUAACUUCAGGACACAAGGUUCACAGACUGUUUUCUGGAUGCUUGUGGUGUUGGUACCCGGGUCUGUGGUGAUCGGAGUUAUUUGGAUCCUCUUCUGCAGAUACUGUGAACAAAGGAUGCAAAGCUACAGCUCCUUCUACUUACCUCAGUGGUGCUGCCAGAAAAUUCCAGAUCCAAGAAACAGCAGAGUUGGACACCAGCAGCACCAUUGCAUUCCAAGCUAUCUUGGGAUGAUGGAGGAACCACCAACUGCUGAAGUGGAAGAGAUUGAAAUCAAGGACGAGUUUGAGAUUUCAUUAACAAAACGCACCAAUUCCACUCUGACAAGAGACAAGGAGCCGAGCACAGAAGAUCAGUAUUGGAUAGGACAACCAUCUCCAGAUGUGGACAACCCUCCAGAGGCCCCCACCUGUCUGGAUGAGAAGCUCAUGGAUCAGCCACCCAGCAGCACAAGAUUAAUGGGGGGAGUCCCCUUCACCUCUGGUUAUGAGAGACACUUCAUUCCAUCAGAGGAAGAUCUGCUCAAUAAUGAAUGGCAGUUAGAAAACAAGGAGGAGUGGCUGGGGUUGGGGGAUAUAACUGAUGACUUUUAAACCUCAGUGGACUGGGAUACCAGAGAACCUCGAUAUGUCACACAAACCAGCCUGUAUUGCUGCUGGCCUCAGCCCCUGAAGGCACAAGUUUAGCAAAUCUAAUCAAAGAAGAUUAGCAGCAGGGAUAAGGAAAGCCAAUGGGCCCAAUACCUCAGUGUUCCAUGGAAAUCUACAUUCUCCCAUUGAGGCAUCCAAAGCAUCCUAAUGCAAUUCCAGGACUUGUACCUCACUCUUUGACUAAAAGGCCAUGUCAGACUUUGACUGGUAUUUUCGUGACACAGAACUUCCUGAAGCUGGACACCAUCUCCUUGUUUUAUUCAUUGAUAACUUUAAAGGAAAUUUUCCAACGUUCUUGUUCCAUAUCAUGCACCUUAUAUUCCUCUGUGAAGUCAUCAACAAGCUACCUCCUCUCUGGACUGAGAGCAUGUCGCGCCCAGUCUCUCCUGAUGACCUGCCCCCGUCCCUCUGCUUCCAAAACUGACUGGAACUCAACAAUGCUUCUUAGGACCUCAUUGUCUUAAGAUCACUGACUUCAAUUUUUUUUUAAACUGUAAACUCUUUAAAAUUGAAUAUUAUAAAGUCAAACUGUCAUUUUCUUAAA